GUGGAGUGCACGAGACCUCACCGAACUUGCUGCAACAAUAUUUUAGAGCAAGCAACAGGCGCCGAAACCAAACCAUUUCCGUCUCUCGUGCCCGCGACGCGACGGCCAUGGCGCUGGGGACAACCGAGCCGCUCCUCCUCCAGCCCCCGGAGCAGCGCCGGCGUCCGCCGGACUGGCUCGCGUGGGGGCUCCCCGCGGCGGUUCUGACACUGCUGCUGCUGUCCGCCUCCGGCCCUCUCCGUCCGCCGCUUUUCCGCGUGCCGCCGCCGGAGACCGUCCCGCUGACCCUGCUCGCCGGCGCGCAGGAGAAGGGAGCAGUGUGCCUGGAUGGGACCCCGCCGGGUUACCACCUGCAGAGAGGCUCCGGCGACGGAUCCAACCGCUGGCUCAUCCAUCUAGAGGGUGGUGGCUGGUGCAGCACAAUCAAGGACUGUUCCAACCGCAGAAUGUACGCGCUCGGUUCAUCCAACUUCAUGAAACCGAUGCGGUUCGCCGGCGCUGGGAUCCUCGGCAGUGACCAGCUGCAAAAUCCUGAUUUCUACAACUGGAACAAAGUGUUUGUGCGGUAUUGUGAUGGGGCGUCGUUUUCUGGGGACGCGGAAGGUCGAGCACAGGAUGGAAGCACACUUCACUUUAGAGGAUUGCGCAUCUACCAAGCGGUUAUUGACGAACUCAUGGAAAAAGGACUUAACAAUGCUACACAGGCCCUCCUCACAGGCUGUUCUGCUGGUGGUCUAGCCACGAUACUACAUUGCGAUGAUUUCAGUGCACGGUUUUCUCGCGAUGUUUCAGUUAAAUGCCUUGCUGAUGCUGGGUUUUUUCUUGACGUAAAGGAUAUUUCAGGGAAAAGGUCCUUUUGGUCUGUCUAUGAUGGCGUUGUUCACCUCCAGAAUGUCAGAGAAGUGUUGCCCAAGGACUGCCUUGCCAACAAGGAGCCAACCGAGUGUUUCUUCCCCGCGGAGCUUAUUAAGAGCAUCCGGACCCCCAUGUUUAUUCUCAACUCUGCGUAUGAUUCAUGGCAGAUACGAAAUGUUCUUGUACCAGUUUCAUCGGCUCCUGAUAAGCCGUGGUCGAGUUGCAAGGACAAUAUCCGCAACUGCAAUUCCACACAAAUCAAAGUCCUUGAUGCCUUCAGGAACACAAUGGUGGGUGCAUUCAAGGUUGUGGAAGAUAAGGAGGACUGGGGAUUGUUCAUCGAUUCAUGCUUCACUCACUGCCAAUCCCUAUAUGGCAUCUCUUGGAAUUCAGAAAUCUCCCCGAGGCUUGGAAAUAAGAGCAUUGCAGAGGCCGCAGGAGAUUGGUACCAUGGAAGGAGCCAAGGAGAGAAAGAGAUAGACUGCGAGUAUCCAUGCAACCCAACAUGCAGCGGACAGUUGCCUCCAUGAUUUAUUAUAGAUCCUGUCAAGAUUAAUUAUGUCAAUGAGAGCAAAUGCAGAUAGCAUUAUCUUGUGAUGUCCAUCAUAGUGAAAGCUAGUGCCAAUUUAGGAUGAAAUAAGUAUACUCAGACGAAUGACAAUGCGUCAAGUAAAAAGUUCACAUUUGUGCGAAAAAUUGAGGUUAUGAAUAUUUGGAAUGGAUCUCCCUCCCUAAUUAAAAUU